AGCGGGGCCGGAGCCGCAGCCCGAGCCAGCAUAACCGAGCCGUGCGGGCAAGUGCACGGCUGCGGGGACGGCAGCGGCAUGACCGGUCACCACGGCUGGGGCUACGGCCAGGACGACGGCCCCUCACAGUGGCACAAGCUGUAUCCUAUUGCCCAGGGCAACCGCCAGUCACCCAUCAAUAUCGUAUCCAGCCAGGCGGUGUACUCGCCCAGUCUGCAGCCACUAGAACUUUCCUAUGAGGCCUGCACAUCCCUCAGUAUUGCCAACAAUGGCCACUCUGUCCAGGUGGACUUCAAUGACAGCGAUGACCGCACAGUGGUGACUGGGGGCCCCCUGGACGGACCCUACCGGCUCAAGCAGUUCCACUUCCACUGGGGCAAGAAGCACGGUGUGGGCUCAGAGCACACGGUGGAUGGCAAGUCAUUCCCCAGUGAGCUGCACCUGGUUCAUUGGAACGCCAAGAAGUACAGCACCUUCGGGGAGGCAGCCUUGGCACCUGAUGGCCUGGCCGUCGUCGGUGUCUUCUUGGAGACGGGAGACGAGCACCCCAGCAUGAACCGCCUGACGGAUGCCCUCUACAUGGUCCGGUUUAAGGGCACCAAGGCCCAGUUCAGCUGCUUCAACCCCAAGUGCCUCCUGCCCACCAGCCAGCACUACUGGACCUACCCGGGCUCCCUGACAACACCCCCACUGAGCGAGAGUGUCACCUGGAUUGUGCUCCAGGAGCCUAUCAGCGUCUCUGAGAGGCAGAUGGAGAAGUUCCGGAGCCUGCAUUUCACCUCAGAGGAUGAUGAGAGGAUCCACAUGGUGAACAACUUCCGGCCACCACAGCCAUUGAAAGGCCGUGUGGUCAAGGCCUCCUUCCGGGCCUGAGCUACCUGCCUCCCUAGCUGACCAUUUGGGCACCAUCUUCCCAAGGGCUUCCAUGUCAGCAGACACCAAACCAUCUGAAGCUCCCUGCCUGGGGGGUGCUGUGGAUCCUCCUCCAGCCAGCUUGCUCCUUGGACACUCCAGAGGCCCCAUGAUGGGACCCUUGAGCCAGGGGGCACCCUUCAGCUACAGGACCUGAGCUGGGUCCAAGCCCAAGGCCGACUUCACUCUCCAAGACACAAAGCCCCCCAGGAAUAUCCUCUUGUCUUCCCACUGGCAGUGGCAGCAGCCCCCCCAAGCCCACACUGUGAUGGACAAGACUGUGCUUCCUGGGGCAGGCAGUUGGCACUGCCAGAAAGAUUCAAGCAAUAAUUAGAGGUGGGCAGAGCUGCCCUCUCAGUGUUACCUCUUGUACAGGCCUCCACGGUGCACGCCCCUCACUGCCAGCCCUCUAGAAUCAGCACCCAGCCUGCUGGAGGUGAUGUGGCCUUCUCCCUUCAAGCCACCUGCUGCCAUGGGCAGGCCCUGGCUGCAGCUUAUGUAGUAUCUCCGCUCGUCCCCCACCAGCCACCGAAGCCAUUCACAUGCCAGUCCCUCUCAUGUGUUAAUUAAUAAAUUCAUUCAU